AUGACUCUUUAGCUGAGCCACUCCACAAUGAGAAAGCCCCGUCAGUUCCCAGAAUAGAAAUCCCAUUCGGGUGCAGGACUUGAACGGGGCUGUUUGUCUGUGCAGCAGGGACCGGCGGUGCAGUCUGCUCAUGGGGCUUUUCAUUUAUGCCUACAACACAAAACACUUUUAUUAGCCUGCCCCCGCGUGAGUCGUCGCCCUCCUCCGCGUGCUCUCACUUCAUUCUCACCUGUUGACGCCGGUAGCAGCUCACACUGCUCUGUCAUUAUUUCCUGGGAGGGAUUGUAACUAGGUGAAGAUUUUAAAAAGAGCAUAAAAGUGCAGGUAACGUGGCUGUCAGCCUGAGUCGGUGAGCUACAAUAACCCUAACGCGAGCCUGACUUGCGAGUCGGAAAGUGAAAGCGCUUAAAAAGUUUGCUGAACUGACGUUUAGUUACUUUUUCCGAGUCUCAUCUUUUUAUUUCCCUCCGGCUUUGUUAUGAUUUGGAGGAUCGACAGCUCGUGGUGUUAAACUAGAACACGUUUCUCAGGCUUCCACUACGCCUGCACCCUAAUAAGGUCUGGAUCCAAGGAGAGAGGGAGGGCACAGAGGGCGAGGGGAGAUGGUGGGAAAAGAAAUGCCCCAACAUAACAUGGAGAGCACCAGGAGCCCGUGGCAGCAGGGCCUGCGGCCACCGUGGAUCACCAGAGUGGCUGAGGGUCACAGCCCCGCCUCCUCGGGAGCGGAGUCCGAUACAGAGAGCAGCAGCACGGAGAGUGAGAGGUCUUGCAUAAAAAAACUGGAGCUGGCCUCCGUGAGGGUCCUGCCGUCUACCUCGAUGCUCCAACAGCGAAUCACAGAGAUCGACCAACAGAAGGAGGAACUAAAGAUUGAACUGCAGCUGGAGAUCGCCCUGCUGCAGGGAGAGCUGCAGACGGAGAAGACUCAGCUGCGCAGACACACACAGAAGCUGCAGGCUCUACAGCAGGAGGUCAGACGGAAGGAGAAUCACAGAAAAAACGACAGACAAAAGGAGCGAGAGAAUCUGGAGGAGGAAAGACGGAGGGUUGAGGAGCUGAAAGGGAGGUUUGAGGAGAAGGAGAAACUGCUCCCGAGUCAGCCGGAGAGCCAGAGAGAACUGCUAACACUGCAGCUGAAGCAGGAGAGAGAGGCGAUGGAAGCGGCGGUCCGGGCGUUUGAGGACUGGGAGUUUAGUGUUCUGGAGAAGGAAAGCGGACUUGAUGAAGAUGACGAAAGCACGGUUGAUGAAGAUAGGGAGGAUGAGAGUGAAAGGGAGAUGGAUAAGGAAAUCCUACGUCAGCAGCAUGUGAUCAACAGUGGACAGGCAUCUGAAAUGAAUCUUUCCAGGCAAAAUAAGGAGUGUGCAGAGCAGAAAGUGAACUUUAAAGCCACAAAUCUGAGCUCCUCCUACAAUAAUCACAGAGAGCGAGUGCAGCAGUUACAGAGACAGCUGAAGGAGAUGGAGAGGGAGAAGGAGAGGGAGAUGAAUGCCUUGAGGAAAGAGAGGAGAGACCUCGUCCACACAAAUCAGACGGUUCUCAAAGAGAAGAAGCCGCCCACUGAUUGGUCGGACACCACUGGUUCAGCCCCCUGCAUGAUGUCCCUUUCCCCUCUGACAGUUCACAAACCUCCUCAGGAACCAAGCAAAGCGUCUGCCAGUUUGCCUAGAAGACGGAGCUCACAUCGCAACAACAACAAAUUCAACGACAGGCCGCUGUCCGUACAGGGGUUGGUGAGGAUGCUUCCAGACAGCCAGUCCCCGGGGGCUUUUACUUCCCCUGUCCACUCCCAUAGGCUCAGCAAUGGGCACAGCAGUGGGCACAGACCUGGGAGCAGCAACGGAGGCGGGUUCCUCACACCGUGCAACAGCACAACCAGCUCCCGCGCUGCCAGCCCGUCUCUGUUGGACCUUGUUGAGAUCGAGAAGAAACUGAGGGAAGCCAGGGCAGAGAGAGAGAGGCUGCUCAGAGAGAGGGAAGAACGGCAACGGUUGUUUGUGGAGGAGAGAGAACAGAAAGAGUUAAACUCUCCCAGAACAGAGCCACAGGAACCUACAGAGCCAAAGAGCAAAAAGUGGCUGGAGACAGAAAUGGAGGAGCAACCGGAGGCCAUUUCUCCUCCAACCUCCCCAGAGAAGGCCCUCCAGCAGCUCAGCCUGCCCCUCUUCCUCUCUCCAAACUUUGACCUCCGGGCCCAUGUGGAGUCUCUGGGCCAUGGAGUAAGUGGCUGCAAAGACCUACGCCUGACGCCGCGACGCUGCGCCGGCUUCCUGACCAAACGAGGGGGGAGGGUGAAGACCUGGAAGAAGAGAUGGUUCCUGUUUGACAUGGACCACAGACGACUAGCCUACUAUACAGACUGUGAUGAGAGGAAACUAAAGGGAGUCAUCUACUUCCAGGCCAUAGAAGAAGUUUACCUUGACCAUCUACGAACAGCCAAUUCUUCUCCGCGGCCCAGCCUGACGUUCUGCUUGAAGACGUAUGACCGUCUUUUCUUUCUGGUGGCUUCCAAUCCGGUAUCCAUGCGGAUUUGGAUGGAUGUCAUCGUCACAGCAACAGACGAGCACAGCCGUUAUUGACCUCCUCCAUACUUGACUGUGAAACCCUCAAGUGAUUAUUGAGCGGACAAUGCACUGAGUGUGUCAGUAGCUGAUUCUGUACCUGGACUCAUGAAUCUGUGGAUAAAGCGUGAGACGUGGAGGUGCACUGGCUCCAGAUGUUGAACAGAUGUGCACGAACGCAGUGGGGGAAACUGUUACUUGAUGCCUGAGUGGCGGCUGAGGUUCAACACUAAAGCAGUUGCAAGCCAUAAGCAGUUUAACACAUCAGCCUGCAGCUGGGAGUCUGUUACUGCCAGGUUUCUCUUUGAGCCUGAGCUCCCCUUGCUGGUCAUAGUGCAGCAUUACAGCACUGGUGUACACAAAAAGCAUAUAUUUUAUUAGACUGUGUGCUGCGUCACUAUUUCUAUUUGUUUAGUGUUGGAUUCUUUUAUAUUGUCAGGUGUUUCCUUAACUAUAUCCAUAUUCUGUAUAUUUGUUUUCAUAAAUUACAUUUUUAUGAAUUAAGUUAUUUGGAAAUGUAUAUGGGUUUGAGAGGCAAAUAAAUGAAGGCAAACACUGUUAUGAAUGCACUAUUAAACGUUUAUUCGUAAAA